ACGCGCUUCAGCUGUCCUGUCUACGGAAAAACCUCUUGCCUGACUGAAACUCGGAUAAUUUAAAACUUUAAUGACAACGGACGCUUGGACGUAAGGAAGAACCUUUCAGCUGACAGUGGCUUCAUAAAGUACUCGACAUACAUCGAAGGAAAACAUUAGUGGAUAGUACAGAGAGGAGCUUUGGGAUGCUGGUUCCCCGCGCGCUCCGCUCCGUGCUGUGCGUCCUGAGCUGCGCGUGGCUGCACACCGGGGCGGUCUCGCGGCUCAAGUCCCCCGCUCUGCCCAUCCAGUCCGAGAGGGAGCCGCUGCCCUCCAAGGGCCUGUCAGGAUGCUCAUUCGGAGGUCGAUUCUAUUCCCUGGAGGACACAUGGCACCCAGAUCUGGGCGAGCCCUUCGGUGUCAUGCACUGUGUCCAGUGUCAGUGUGAACCUCAAAAGAGUCGGCGUGGUAAGGUGUUUGGGAAAGUAAACUGUAAGAACAUCAAACAGGACUGUCCCAACCCGGAUUGUGACGAUCCCAUCCUGCUGCCAGGACACUGCUGUAAAACCUGCCCGAAAGGUGAUGAGGACAAGAAACAGACAGACGCUGUGCUGGACAGCUUUGAGUACUUCCACGAGAAGGGCAAAGAUAAGGAGGACGACCUCCACAAAUCAUACAACGACCGAUCCUACCUGAGCUCUGAGGAGUUGGGCUCCGGAGAGAGCCGCACUGACUUCGUUGCAGUGUUGACAGGAGUGACAGAAUCAUGGCUGCCCAGCUCCAAUGGUGUUGCCAGAGCUCGCUUCUCUCUGACCAGAACUAGCCUGGCCUUCUCCAUCACAUACCAGAGAAUGGACCGCCCCAGUAAAAUCGUCUUCCUGGAUUCCGAUGGGACCACUGCUUUUGAGUACAGAGUCCCUAAGGGACAGUCUGACAUGAUUUGUGGAGUGUGGAAGAACCUGGCUAAGCCUGUAAUGCGACAGCUGCAGUCGGAGCAGAUGCGCAUCAGCAUGAGCACAUCGACGAGCAGACGAGAAGAGGUGGAGGGGAAGAUCAUCAAACACAGAGCGCUGUUUGCUGAGACGUUCAGUUCAACGCUGACAUCGGAGCAGGAGAAUUCAGGCAUGGGAGGCCUCGCCAUGUUGACGCUGAGUGACACAGAGAACAACCUCCACUUCAUCCUCAUCCUUCAGGGCCUCAUCAAACACAAAGACAAAGAGCCCAUUAUAGUUCCCAUACGAGUCCGACUAAUGUACCGACAACACAACCUGAGAGAGAUCCGAGCAAACGUCACCUCUCAUGAUCCAGACUUUGCGGAGGUGCUGACAAACCUGAAUAGCCGCGAAUUGUUCUGGUUAUCCCGUGGUCAGCUGGAGAUCACGGUGGCGACCGAGGGUCAGGACCCCCAACAAAUCUCUGGCUUCAUCACCGGCAGGAAAUCUUGUGACACUAUUCAGAGCGUGAUGUCCAGCGGUGAUGCACUGACUCCGGGGAAGACAGGAGGCGUGGGAUCCGCUAUCUUCAACCUCCAUGAUAACGGCACAUUGGACUACCAGGUUCAGGUGGCAGGUCUCGCCAGUGAGUUUGUUGGACUCACUAUUGAGUUGAAGCCACGGCGGCGAAAUAAGCGGUCAGUGCUGUACGACCUGACACCGGAGUUCAACAAGGCCACGGGCCAGGCCCAGGGCAGCUGGAGCCGCCUGGAGGCUCGACACAUCCACAUGCUGCUGCAGAACGAGCUGUUCAUCAAUGUGGCCACAACACACAGCCAGGAGGGGGAGCUGAGGGGGCAGAUCAAGGCUCUGCUCUACAGCGGACUAGAGGCACCCAGGCAUGAGUUGCCCACUCCUCUGGCCGGCCACUUUGUGUCCCCCCCAGUAAGAACCGGGGCCUCCGGCCACGCCUGGGUGUCCGUGGACAAACAGUGUCACCUGCAUUAUGAAAUUGUUGUUGCGGGCCUCAGCAAGGCAGAUGACCUCACUGUGAACGCCCAUCUCCACGGACUGGCUGAGAUCGGAGAAAUAGACGACAGCACCACCACCCACAAGAGGCUGCUGACCGGCUUCUACGGCUCACAGGCUCAGGGAGUGUUAAAGGACAUCAGUGUUGAGUUACUGCAACACCUGGACCAAGGAACGGCCUUCAUCCAAGUCAGCACCAAGAUGAACCCUCGAGGAGAAAUACGAGGACGGGUUCACGUGCCAAACAACUGUGAGUUUGGGACCAGGGGUGAUGCGGAGGAGGGAGAGUUUGACGACCUCUUUGUGAAGGACCCCGAGGAGCUGAAGAAAGACCCCCAUACCUGCUUCUUUGAGAACCAGCACCACGCUCAUGGCUCCCGCUGGACUCCUAACUACGACAAGUGCUUUUCCUGCAGCUGCCAGAAGCGAACUGUGAUCUGCGAUCCAGUCAUCUGUCCUGUUUUGACCUGCUCCAGAACCAUUCAGCCUGAGGACAAGUGCUGUCCCAUCUGUGACGAAAGGAAGGAGCCCAAGGACAUGAAAGUUCCAGAGAGGGUGGAUGAACAUCCUGAGGGUUGUUACUUUGAAGGAGACCAGAAGAUGCACGCCCCAGGAACCACAUGGCAUCCCUUUGUGCCUCCCUUUGGCUACAUUAAAUGUGCCGUCUGCACUUGCAAGGGCUCUUCAGGAGAGGUGCACUGUGAGAAGGUGACGUGUCCGGCGUUGACCUGCAGUCACCCUGUGAGACGAAACCCCUCCGACUGCUGUAAGGAGUGUCCAGAGGAGGAGAGGACUCCGGCAGGCCUGGAGCACACUGACAUGAUGCAAGCAGAUGGCCCGAGGCACUGCAAGUUUGGCAAGAACUAUUAUCAGAACAGUGACAACUGGCAUCCCUGGGUACCGCUGGUGGGGGAGAUGAAAUGCAUCAACUGCUGGUGUGAUCACGGUGUCACUAAGUGUCAGAGGAAGCAAUGUCCUGUGCUGACCUGCACCAACAUCAGCCGCAGAGAGGGCUCCUGCUGUCCUGAAUGCCUUGAUUCCAAAGAGGAAGACGACCUGACGAUGAAAGCUCCGGACAAAAGGCGAGACUCGAGACACUGAUCUGUGGGGACCCACUCAAACAACACCCCAUUGAAGCCAUCCCCUCCCUGAUGGACCCGAACCCAGAGCUGCACACACUGGGUCCUCCCCUCCCCUUCCACACCCACCCUGUUAUCAGCUUCAGGAUUGUAAUGAACAGAGAAGAGCAGAGACGGAGACAUAAUAAAAUGAAAACAGAAUUUUUUCCAAAGACUCGUUAACGAAGGGAUGAAGCUAUGAAGAGGACCAACCAGACUUUACAAACCUUUCACCUUCUGCUUCCUGCCUUCUAUUUCUUACUGGAAUUUUCUUUUUGCUCAGUUAUUUUCAACAGGACGGAAUAACACAUGUGUGUAUAUAUAUAUAUACACAUAUACAUAUAACACAGCUGUUCAAUGGGAUUCUCAGAUUUGGUUGAUUGGGAUUGAAGAUUGUGCGAGUUUUAUUUCACUGACAGGGCUUCUUUUUGAAGUGCAGCCAUAGCUACUCUAGCUCUCGCCGCUCUCACUGGAUAGAGAGGAAAAAAUCGGUGUGAAUGUGUAUGUGUGAGUGCGGUUGUGUUUUUUUUUUACCAGUAAAGAAUAUGAAUAAUCAGCAGAAACACAGUAAACAUCCUGGGUGGUAAAAACUGCAAAACCGGAGCAAUAACAACAGAAAAUAAUGUCCCUCUAACCUGCCGUCUGCAUCUUUGAUUAGCUGGUAGAUUGUGUUUCCAUGACGAGGCCACCAGGAUAAUCACUCAGUCAUUGGAAGAGAAGCUUGUAAUGGCUCAGCUGGUUGUUAUUUCAGUGUAAUACUAACUUCACCUCCUGUUGAUCUCACCCCCUCUCUGCUUUGGUUGUUCCUAUUUCUGUUUCAAAUUAAGUAAUAUUUUUUAUGGAUUUUUCUAUCGUUGUUUAUGAAUAUGAAGCUGGUUUGUAUUUUGUAUUUAUUGAAUGGUGU